AUGGCUCAUGGGAAAAAGAGACCAGCGGUCCACCCACCUGAUGGGGGCUGGGGCUGGAUGAUUGUGGCCGGCUGCUUCUUGGUCACUGUCUGCACACGUGCCGUCACCAGAUGCAUCUCCAUUUUCUUUGUGGAGUUUCAGAUGCACUUUGGAGCGGACUAUUCAGGGACAGCCUGGAUCCACAGUCUGGUGGACUGCACCACUAUGCUGUGUGCUCCUCUAGGCAGCUUCAUUGGGAACCGUCUGUCGUGCCGCAUCGCUGUGAUCCUUGGUGGCUUUCUGUCCUCUAUCGGCCUGGUCCUCAGCUCUUUCGCUACCAGCCUGGAGUACUUGUACCUCACCCUGGGGGUCCUCACAGGUAUUGGAUUUGCCCUCUGCUACACCCCUGCCAUAGCCAUGGUGGGCUUAUAUUUCUGUGAGAGGAAAGCCCUGGCGUAUGGGAUCGCCAUGUCAGGCAGUGGCAUCGGGACCUUCAUCCUGGCCCCUGCCGUCCAGAUACUCAUAGAGCACUACUCAUGGCGUGGGGCCCUGCUCAUCCUAGGGGGUGUUGUUGCCAACCUGUGUGUUUGUGGGGCAUUACUGCGCCCUAUCACUCUGAAAGAAGAAGAGGAGGCUCAUGGUCCAGUCCCGUUGGACACCGAGUGUGGAUAUGGGGUGAAAGCUCCGGUGGAUAGCAUGUUAGAGGAAUCACUGGCGAUCAACAACAACAACAACAACAGCCACCGCUGCUUCUGCUUCCAGUCCAUGCAGGAGUACUGCUUCCUGCUCAUGCCUGACUUCCUGAUGCUGGCAGUGAGCUUCUUGUUCCUAGCCAGUGGCUGCAGCCUGCCCUUCGUCUACCUGGUUCCGUAUGCACUGGAUGUGGGUGUGAGCCACCACCAGGCCGCCUUCCUCAUGUCCAUCCUGGGGGUCAUUGACAUCGUGGGGAACAUCACCUUCGGCUGGCUCGUAGACAGGAGGUGCCUGAAGAAGUAUCGUAAUGUGUGCUACAUGAUAGCAGUGGGCAUGGAGGGGGUAUGCUGCCUCUUCAUCCCUCUCCUGUGGACGUUCGCCCUGCUGGUGCCUUUCUCUGUGUUUUAUGGGUACUUUGAUGGCGCCUACGUUGCCCUCAUACCUGUGGUGACCUCGGACAUUGUGGGGACACAUAACCUCUCCUCUGCCCUAGGGAUUGUCUACUUCCUACAUGCCAUUCCUUACCUGCUCAGCCCUCCAAUAGGAGGCUGGCUGGUUGACACCACAGGCACCUACACGGCCACCUUCUUCCUCAGUGGCUUUGCCCUCAUCUCCAGCUCCCUGGUCGUCAGCACGGUGACAGGGAUACGCCACUGUCGCAGGACCCAAAAGCACAGAAACAAAAAUAAAAACACAGACCCCGAACAGGAGCCUUGCCGAUCAGACUUCUACACAGCCUCAAGUAAAGAUGUGAACCCUUCAGUCAACUCAGCAAAUUCUUAA